CGCGUGUUUGCGUGUUUGGCGCGCAAAAGAAGCGGUUUCUCGAGAAGAUUGGAGUCCUCCGCAUUAAAAAAAAAAGAAAAAAACAGGCACAGUGCGAAACGCGACCACAAAGCGCUGGUUGUGUGCGUCCUUGCGUCCUCGAAAGCGAUCCUUAGUGUGUAAAUUAAUUGCAUCGCAAAUUAGCGUCCGCCAAAGGAGUGCGUAAGGAGCGCGCGAGCGAAACCACCGUGCGUUCCAGGUGCGCGAAAGAUCCUGGUCUGUCAGAAAUUGGGUGCGAAAGAGUGAACGAGCGCAGGUAAUUGCGACCCCCGUGGCGCCUUAUUUCCCGACGAAACCGCGCGUAUUGAUCGCGUAAUCUCGCACUAACGAGGGUUCGCAGGAACGCAGGAUUCGCAAACAGGAGGCAGCAAAAGGAAAAAAAAAGUUAAAAAGCGAAAGCCUCACAAGGCGCCGAAGGGUUUAAGUGCAGUGCUAGUAAUAAUAGAGGUCGCAAACGAUGGGUCGGAAAUUGGCGCACCAUCUGGUGCUGGGGGCCGUUGUGCUGACGCUGGCUGUCGAAAGUUUCUCGCGGGCAUCACAGGAGCACGGUGAUUAUCCCGCUCAGCACCAUCUGAGAAGGCAACACCAGCACCAGCAACAGCACCAGCAACAGAACCAACAUCACCGGCAUCGGGGAGAGCUGGCUCGCACUCGGAACCAAACGUCCGCCGGCUACUCGCUAAUAAGUGGCCCCGGGAACGGUAAUAGCUGGACCGAUUAUCGGCCACCGGUGACCCAACUGCAUCAGCAUCACCAUCGAACCGUGCCACAACAGCACUGGCCUCAGCAGCAUCACGGUGUGCAUCGGGAAACGCCACCUCAACAUCGGCGCCAUCGCGCUCAGGCGCAUCCUCAACAACCCGAACAGCCGGAGGUGUGGCGAAGGACGUCCAACACCGGAACUGCAUCAACUGGAUCUGCAGGUCGUCCAGUCACCCGGAUGCUAACACGCAGUGGUACGAGUUCCUUCGGAAGCACGCGCCACGGCAACACCACCAGGAACAGAAACGUGUGCAUCGUUUACAUUUAUCGGAAGUCGGUGAUAAAGACGCACCAUCACGCGCCUUGUACGGAUCCGGCUAAUUGUCAGGGACUUCGGACGUAUUCUGCCCCGGUGGCCAAACGGGAGGUGUGUUGUCGCGGCUGGGACACAACGACGACCGUUUCUGACGGCUGUUUCAAGCCCAUUUGCCUGACGCCAUGUCGAAAUGGAGGCCAGUGUAACGCACCGGAUCAGUGCUCCUGUCCGGCCGGGUUCACCGGCAAGUACUGCGAGCAGGACGUGAACGAGUGCAAGGAGCACAAACCGUGCGACCAAACCUGCUACAACACGGAGGGUUCGUACUACUGCACGUGCCGCGACGGCUUCAUGCUGCAAAGCGAUCGGCAAAGCUGCAAAAGGAUCGAUGAAGCGAACGACCUUGCCACGGAGGCUCGUGACAUGGAGAACGAUCUCGAUGUGGACUACGACAGUCUAGACAUUCGGUUGAAGAAGCUAGAACAGAUGAUGAGUUCUCGCGACGACAGACAGGAGCUUAACAAAAAGGUUCAGUACACCAUGGACGCGGUGUCGGUGUUAAAAUCGCAAGUUGCGCGAUUGACGCAACGGUUGUAUCCUUCGGACUACGGCAAUCGGGUUCACUGAUAGCGCAUCGAAGGGAUUGACCACCGCGAGCCAUGCGUGCCCGCGAGAACUGCCGAUACACAGCUUGCAACCUUAGUUAACCUGCCGCGCUAUGUACUGUAGAAUGAAAGUCUUACAUUUAUUGUCCUUAAAACGCUAUUGCUCGAGU